AUGUCAUUCGGAACGAUUUCACUCAACGACGGCACAACGGCUCCAUCACCCGCCUUCGGCACAGGCACGGCGCUGAAAGGGCGAGAUGCGAAAGAGCAGGUAUUGCAAGCACUCCAGAAUGGACAGCGACACCUAGACUGUGCGCAGUUCUACGGCAAUGAAGGGAGUGUUGGUGAGGCGAUAGCCGCGAGUGGAUUACCUCGAUCAUCUUUAUACAUAACAACAAAAUAUGCCACUGGGGACAUCAGCACAUCGCUACGCACAUCUCUGCAACUUCUCCAGGUGGAUUAUGUGGAUCUGUACCUGCUGCAUAGUGUGAAGUUUGCAGAGGUGCACGGAUUAUCUAGGAGCUGGGAGGUGAUGGAGUCGCUGCAGCGCGAUGGUCUGACGCGCUCUAUCGGCGUGUCAAAUUACAGAGUGGGCGAUUUGGAGAUACUUGGACACACAGCACACACCAUGCCCGCUGUUAACCAGGUCGAGUUUCACCCGUUUGUCUACAAUCAAGCCGCCAAGCUCCAGCAAUACUGCCAUGAUCACGGUAUUGCGCUCGCUAGCUACGCUGGCCUCGCCCCACUUACUAAAACGCGACAUGGUGAUUUCGACGCUGUGGUUAAGCGCCUCGCUAGCAAAUACGCUAUUACUGAGCAUGCAGUGCUGUAUAAUUGGCUGCGCAAGCAUGGCGUUUUCGUCGUUACUACUUCCAGUAAGAAGGAAAGACUCGAGGAGAUGCACUGGCUGGCGAGGGAAAUUAGCCAUGAGGACAGCGCUGAGCUUGACAGCGUGGGCUCUCAGUACCAUCACCGAUACUACAUGUCAUUCAUGGAUGAGUGA